GGGGCUUGCCUGACGAUCAUGGUGGGCCCCGGAACAAGUCGCUACACCGCGCAUGAGAAGAUGGCUCGUGCAUCUUCGCCCUACAUCGACAAACUCCUGCGGGAGCGCCCCACGCGCAUCAUCGAUCUCCCUGGCGAGGAGCCUGCGAUGGUGGCCAUGUAUGUGCACUGGCUCUACCAUCGCACGCUGCCCGUGAUCUGCGACCAAGCCCAGCAGGAGUACCUCCAUCUGAUCAAGGCAUACGUCCUGGGGCUCAAGCUACUCGACACCCAGUUUCAGGAUACCGUGGUCGAUGCUAUUGUUGAGCAGAGACAGUCCAGCUCCCAGGAUGGCAAAAGUCCCGCUCCCAGCCGCGAAGCGAUCAAAUACGCCUACUCUCACACUUCUUCCUCGGCCCCAAUCCGUCGACUCCUGGUGGAUAUCACCGCAAACCGCACAACUGAUCCCAAAUGGCUUACUUCUACUGAGAACGAUAUGCCUAGGGCGUUUCUUCUGGAGCUGGUCGCCAAGCUGAUGGGCCGCCGUGCGACGAAGAAGGAGCCUCUCGACCCCUCCGCUUAUCAUAAGCAC